CUCCUACAUCGCAUUACAUCCCGACUUCAAAACUCUUUGGAUGACUGAAUGGGAGGCCCUUUCCUAAAGCUUUGCCGUUGCCUGCCACAACCCCUCGCGCUGCAGUAAGCUCACUAAGAGCGUACCCAUGUCAUCCACGCAGAGGUCAGGCAGGACUGCUCCCAGUCUCGUACGGGCUCUUUGCGACUACGAUCCUGUCCAUCCCCCGGCUUCAGGCCGUAACCUCCUCUCCCAAGCUCCGCCCGUCUUUCCUGAUUAUCACACUGGACCACCGGAGUACAUAUCUCCUGCCGCAUGCCCCCAUAACUAUGUGAUUAAGUCAAAGCAAACACUUGUGCCAGAGCCGGAGAGGAGGAGCAGCGCCAACCCUCCCAAAGUAUCUGCUAUAUGCCGCAAGUGCCGAUACCAUCUGCAACUGGUUGUGCACUCCACGCCUACAAUCGGCCAACAUAGCCAAAACUCGCCAAACCAUUUGCAUCACCUGGUAUAUAAGUCGACGGGACAAGAUGUGACACCGAAGGGACAGACUGUAGAGACGUAUGAGUUCGAAUGCUCCUACCUCACGUGUCCUACCGUGGUGUCGGUUCGACUGGUCUCCCCUGUACUCUCUCAAGGAUUGGUACAGCUAUUGACGGAUCCUCAAGUCAUUCAGCAGCGAGCAGAGGAGGCCUUUGCAGCAGAACCAGAGCGUCUGGAAGGCCUCGCCGUGCCACAGCCGAUUGCUGUUCUCGAGAUCCUCGGCGCAUACCUGAAUAAUUCUUUAAAUGCAGCUGACAAGGGCAAGUCAAUCUCGUCCAACAACAAGAGGUUUAUAACUAGCUUCGGUCUCGAUGGGGUUCCUUGCAAAGAUCUGCUGGAAUUCCUAGGGUUUACUGUCAAGAAUGAAGGAUUCUGGGAACCUCCGCGGACUAGUCCAUGGACGGAACAUCCAUACCGGGACCAGCUCAAGAUUUUCCUCGACGAUGUCUUGCACGAAAUAUCCGCACUGGUAGAGCAGCGACCUGUAAUGGAAAGAAAGGGUCAUCACGUGGAAAACCAAAGCGAUCCAGCAAUAUUUGACUUGCUUCGUGCGUUAGAUGCGGCUGAUUACCCUAAUGCAGACCGGUCGAAAGAAUUCCAACUGGCUCCUGCACCCUAUUAUGAAGAUCUGGGCACUGUCGACGAUAUGUCGUCCGCUACGAUCAUUGAAGCUUUCAACCGGCAGGUUGCAGUCGAUCCCGCACGGGCGCCUUUAUACCUGAAAUGCCUCAAAGAGAUCGAGCAGCUAAGGGGCGGUGACGAUGCCGCUGUAAUCGAACAAGCGGUCAUUAAAGCUUACGCCGAAGGAAGAUUCACCGAAGACGAUGUUGCCGAUGCCUAUAAAUACUUCGGUCUGGCUCAUGACAACCCUCGGCUCACGGAAGAUAGUAUCAUUGGGACAUUCAACGCGUACCUGAGCUCCACAACCCCGGCCCAAGAAGCAGAGUCUCGCAGACAGAUGCGCAUAAUAGGCGAGAGCAGACGUAGUGACCGCCUCAAAUCCGUGGCGGACGAUAGCGUAUCGACCGUGGAACAAGCUCAGGACUAUUUAGGUGUUACCAGUGAAACUGCCGACGACUUCAUAAUCUCCUUGUUUACUGCCAAGGUUGAGGAUGCUCCCUCAAACAGAGAUCUUGCGCGGCGAGCUCUUGAGCUUAUUGCUGAGGCGCGGAAGUCCGAUGCCUUGAAGCACUUUCUCAAGACCGGUGAGAUGACGGCCGGUGAAAUGGACAUUGGAGAUGCGUAUCGUCUCUUGCGCAUAGACAAUCGCACUGUUGACGAUGAUUUGAUCGAGGCGGCGUAUACGUGCUGUGUGGUGGAAGACCCAAGCAAGGUGGAAUUGUACAACCAGGCCUUGCAGAUCAUUGGGAAGCAUAAAGACAGCAGCUUUCUGUCCAACAAGGCCACGGGAAUGGGCCCUGGUUCAGAUCGUAACUUGUCAGAGUGGCCGGUCGGGCUGCAGAACAUCGGCAACACCUGCUACCUGAACAGCUUGUUGCAGUUUUACUUCUCUGUUCGUGGGUAUCGCGACUUGAUCCUGCACUUCGAGGAUUUCAGCAUGGACCUGAGCGAUGAGAACCUGAGCCGAAAGAAAGUAGGAUCCCGCAGAGUUUCAAGAAAGGAGGUCGAGCGCUCUCAGCAAUUCGUGAAAGAGUUGCGGACCUUGUUUUCGGAAAUGAUCACAUCUCCGUUUCCUUAUGUCACACCAAGUCAAGAGCUCGCGCGGUUGACUCUCAUUGGAACCUCAAAUGAAGAAGCCAUUCGUCGCCGCUCUACUAUCUCGACUUACAGGCCCGCCGCAGCCCUGGGCGAACUCGAGGGAAUGCCAAUUCUGGGCCCGCUUGGUCCUCCGCAGCUCACGCAGGAAGAACAGGCCUCUAACACAGCCGUCACUGAUGUGUCACCUGAAAAAACGACUGCGAAAGAGACGCAGCAAUCUCAUAAUGACGACAAGGAAAAUGAACCUCCUGCUGGCACCACGAUGGAGGACGCACAGAAAGUAACCCCGGAGCCCUCGAGCGGUCUUGCUUCGGCAGAGCAACCCGUGAUAGCUAGUCAACCACCACCAGUACCCCCACGGCCAACCCCUGUCAUCGAUCCCCAGAGACUACUCCAAGAAGAACUGGAGAUUGGAGCCCAGCAGGAUGUGACGGAGGUCAUCAAUAAUGUGCUGUUUCAGAGCCAAUGCGCGAUCCGGCCUGUUUCAUACUCUGCCGAUGGCGAACAGAUUGAUCAAGUGAAGGACUUGUUCUACGGGAAAACCAUAUAUUAUCUCAAGUCCGAGCAGGGCGUUCGUCCGAUGGAAGAAUGGUGGUGCGACAUCAAGGUCGAUGUGGCAUCAGGUCCACGCAACAUUUAUGCAGCGCUUGACGGAGCGUUCGAUGUUCAGAAAGUCAAUGUUGACAACACCGUCGCCGAGCGAUUCGGUACUAUUAGCAAGCUACCCCCAGUGCUUCAAAUCCAGGUCCAGCGCGUCCAGUUCGACCCCCAAACGAAACGCUCCUUUAAGUCAACUCAUCAUCUCGGCUUAGAGGAAACCAUAUACCUGGAUCGCUACAUGGAUACCAAGUCGCCUGAAAUCAUGGCAAAACGGCAGCAGAGUUGGGAAUGGAAAGCCGCACUGAAGAGUCUCGAAGCUCGGCAGUCAGAAUUGUUACACGGUACUGAAGGUGGCAAGGUCGAUGCAGCGGGAUUGCUCGACGAAGCCAGCAGGAUUCUAUCCGAUAUCGAGAGUAUUGCAGAAGAGACAAAUUUCGCUGAGGAUGCGGGGCCUUCUGCAAAUGUAGAGGCUGAGGAAACCGCAAAUCCUCUCGAGGACGCAAACUCCGCCGAACACUUGUUUGAUGUGGAUACCAGAAAGCUUUGCGCGGAGGUCAAUCGGCUCUCUCAACUAGCCCGUGAUGAGUUGACCCAGGUCCAGGACGAGAUCAAGAAGACUCGAGCCAUGAUAGCCGAGCAGUUUAUUGAACACAAAAAUGAGGCUUACCGGUUGUAUGCCGUGUUCAUUCACCAGGGCUCUGUUGAGUUCGGCCAUUACUACAUCUAUAUCUUCGAUUUUGACCGCAAUGUGUGGCGCAAGUACAACGACCAGGAGGUGAGCGAGGUGCAUAACGUGGAUGAGAUCUUCCGAGACCAGGGCCAGUACAACCCUCCCACGCCGUACUUCCUCGUCUAUGUCAACGACCGAUUGAAGCAUGAUCUGGUCAAUCCCGUGCGCAGGGAGUUACUCGAGAUGGCGCCUGGGAAUGGCUUUGCCGCCACGGGAGAAGUCACGAACACGGUGCCAUCGACUGAAGAUGUGGAUAUGAACCCGCCGUCAUAUGAUACGAUUUGGACCGACCAAAGCAUGUCAGACUCCGGGGAUCCAGCACCAGGGCGACAAGCAACGCCUAAUCCCUUGAAGCGCAAGGGGUUAGAUGAUACGAUGGCCGGAAGGGUGGAAGGGCGUUUUGAGUAACGUGAAGGACACAGCUUGUUAAUAUGGACUGCAUUGUGUUUAUUUUCGUGGUGCAAAGUGAGGAGGACCGUCUUGCCAGGUCUAGACAGUUGGUCUUAUCAGUGGGCGGAUGGGUGCUUCCAUCUGCUGCAAUGUCUGUGAUUCUGCGUGACACUUUCGAUUUGAUAUUGAAAUGCUGUUAUGCAGAGCGUGUUUUUUUUUGUGUUCGGUACGAUAUUCUUUGCACAAGCAUCUGGAGGAUUAUUAUGUAUGCUUUACUGUAAAUAGUUAGUGCGAUUCAGCGUCACGAUUGGUUGAUGACGGGGACGAUGUAU